GUCUGCGCAGUCGCAGAAAGAGCCGGCGAGACGGGUUUAUUAGUGUUCCGUGGUAUUUCGGCAGGGCAGAGGCAGCAGGGCCCGGGAGGGCCUUAUCUUUGUGCGCUUCACCCAGGCUCCGCCCCGCCUGCAUUGGGUGCCAGUCCUUCCCUGAGACGCUGCCAUCAUGUUGCUGCCUGUAUUUACCCUGAAACUGCGCCACAAAAUCAGCCCUCGCAUGGUGGCCAUAGGGCGCUACGACGGGACUCACCCGUGCCUGGCUGCCGCCACCCAAGCGGGCAAGGUUUUUAUUCAUAAUCCUCAUACACGAAGCCAGUUUUUCAGUGCAUCCAGAAUCUCCCAGAGCCCGCUGGAAUCUGAUGUUUCUCUUCUGAACAUUAACCAGGCAGUCAGCUGCCUGACUGCAGGAGUACUGAGCCCUGAACUUGGCCAUGAUGCUCUUCUAGUGGGGACCCAGACUAAUCUUUUGGCUUAUGAUGUCUACAAUAAUUCAGAUUUGUUCUACAGAGAGGUAGCAGAUGGGGCAAAUGCCAUUGUGCUGGGGAUGUUGGGAGACGUGGCCUCCCCUCUUGCAAUUAUUGGUGGAAACUGUGUUCUGCAGGGUUUCGAUCAUGAAGGAAAUGAUCUCUUUUGGACGGUUACUGGAGACAGAGUUCAUUCCUUGGCUUUGUGUGACUUUGACGGUGAUGGGAAGAAAGAGCUUCUUGUUGGAUCUGAGGAUUUUGACAUUCGCAUUUUUAAAGAAGAUGAGAUUGUGACAGAAAUGACAGAAACAGAGAUAAUCACCUCUCUGUGCCCCAUGUAUGGCAGCCGAUUUGGGUAUGCCCUUUCCAAUGGCACAGUUGGAGUUUAUGACAAAAUGGCUCGAUCCUGGAGAAUUAAAUCCAAAAAUCAUGCCAUGAGCAUUCAUGCGUUUGACCUUAAUUCUGAUGGAGUGUGUGAACUGAUAACUGGCUGGUCUAAUGGGAAGGUUGAUGCCCGAAGUGACCGAACUGGGGAGGUCAUCUUUAAAGACAACUUUUCUUCUGCAAUUGCUGGUGUGGUAGAGGGAGAUUACCGAAUGGAUGGCCACAUACAGCUAAUCUGCUGCUCAGUGGAUGGGGAAGUCCGGGGUUACCUGCCAGGCACAGCUGAGACAAGGGGAAGCCUCAUGGAUACCAGUAUGGAGCAGGACCUGAUCCGAGAACUGAGUCAGAAAAAGCAGAAUCUGUUACUGGAACUCCGUAACUAUGAGGAAAACGCCAAGGCUGAAUUGAGUGGCCCAUUGAAUGAGGCUGACAGGCAAAGGGAUGUAAUACCAGCCAAUACCAGGCUUCACACUAUCCUCACAGUCAACCUGGGAAGCGAGACUCAAGCUGCACACACAGAGUUGUGCAUUUCCACUUCAAAUGACACCAUCAUUCGAGCAGUAUUGAUUUUUGCAGAGGGAAUUUUUGUAGGUGAAAGCCACGUGGUACAUCCCAGUGUUCACAACCUCUCCAGCUCUAUCUGUGUCCCAAUUAUACCACCCAAAGAUGUCCCUGUCGAUCUGCACUUGAAAGCCCUUGUGGGUUACAGAAGCAGCACCCAGUUCCAUGUAUUUGAGUUGACAAGACAGCUGCCCCGAUUCUCCAUGUAUGCGCUGACCAGCCCAAUCUCUGCCAGUGAGCCCCUCAGUUAUGUUAACUUCAUCAUAACAGAACGGGCACAGAGGAUUGUUCUGUGGCUCAACCAGAACUUUCUGUUACCAGAAGACACCAAUAUUCAGAAUGUUCCAUUUCAAGCAUGUUUCACAUCAUUACGGAAUGGUGGCCACCUCUGCAUAAAAAUAAAACUUAGUGGAGAGAUUACUAUAAAUACUGAUGAUAUUGAUUUGGCUGGUGACAUCAUCCAGUCAAUGGCAUCAUUUUUUGCUAUUGAAGACCUUCAUGUAGAAGCAGAUUUUCCUAUCUACUUUGAGGAGUUACGAAAAGUGCUGAUUAAGGUGGAUGACUAUCAUUCAGUGCAUCAGAAGCUCAGUGCUGAAAUGGCUGAUAAUUCUAAUGUAAUCCGAAGUUUGUUGGUCCAAGCUGAGGAUGCUCGCUUGAUGAGGGACAUGAAAACAAUGAAGAAUCGCUAUAUGGAACUCUAUAACCUUAAUAAAGACUUGCUAAAUGGAUAUAAAAUUCGCUGUAACAAUCACACAGAACUAUUAGGAAACCUUAAAGCAGUAAAUCAGGCAAUUCAACGGGCAGGUCGUCUGCGUGUUGGAAAACCAAAGAACCAGGUGAUAACUGCUUGUCGGGAUGCAAUUCGAAGCAACAACAUCAACACACUGUUCAGAAUUAUGCGGGUGGGGACAGCUCCUUCAUAGAAGAGUAAAUAGGAAAGCAACUUCUUGGGAAAAGUUUUCUCAUAAAAAUCUAGGUUCAGUUGCUCUGGAUCAUGUCCUGGUGAACUCAGAGCGCUAAGAAUGAAAAAAAAAAAACCUUGGUGAUCUGCACAAAUUAAAGAUAAAACAUUACAUCUGAAAAAUAAAACCACUUUUUAUUUUUUUGUUUAUAUAUGUAAAGUCAAUGUAUAAAUUACAAUGAAAUUGUAAUUAAAUUCAUAAUUUUCAAAUAGACUACCUUUUUCAUUAAAAUUAAAAGGUAUUAUA